UCAGGUCAAGGUGUCCUUCCACACGUGUUUUACCAGAAGCAGCUGUAACGGGGAGCUAGACGGCUCUUGUGUGUCAAACUAAUUUAUCCUGUUGUUAUACGCCUUAAUAUUUCUAUACCGUCAUGUUGAAGUCAGUUGUCCGACUGGUGGGAGCCGCUGCCCGCCUUCCCACAGCCACCACGUCCACGGCCCGAGCUCUGCCGCUCAGUUGCCCGACACUGCGCACUCCUAGCUCGGCAACAACUCGGCCCUUCACCCGGUCUCUCUGGAUGUUAAAUAACAACGGAGCGUCGUCAGGAUACAGACCAAAACUGUUCAGUUCAAAGGUGUUGGGUCCCUCGGCGUCUUGUGGAUGCGGUGGACUGCACACAGAAGGUGACAAAGCUUUUGGUGACUUCCUGUUCGAUGAAAUCAAAGAGGAGAAGAAGAUCCAGAAAUCCAAAGCCCUUCCUAAAAUGUCUGGAGGAUGGGAGCUGGAGAUGAGUGGCACAGAGGCUAAACUUACAAGGAAUAACGCUGGAGAAAAAGUCACUGUCACAUUCAAUGUCAAUAACAGCAUUCCUCCUAACUUUGAUGAAGAGGUAGAACAAUCGCAGCAGAAGCCAACAGAGGAGGAGCCGGAAAUAGUUUCAACACCCAACUUUGUCGUUGAAGUAACGAAACAGGCUUCGAAACAUUCCCUGGUGUUUGACUGCCAUUUCCCAGAAGACGAGAUGAGCCAUGGUGAAGGAGAAGAGAGCGACAUCUUUGCCAUCCGUGAAGUCAGUUUCCAGCCUGAGGGAGACACAGAUUGGAAGGAGACCAGCUACACACUCAACACAGACUCCCUCGACUGGGCCCUGUACGACCACCUGAUGGACUUCCUGGCCGACCGGGGGGUUGACAACACCUUUGCCGACGAGCUGAUGGAGCUGAGCACCGCUGUUGAGCAUCAAGAGUACAUCAAGUUCUUGGAAGACCUUCAGGGCUUUGUUAAAUGCAACUAAUAUAUUUAGGAGGCAGAAGUUAGAUUUCACUUUUCAUCAGUCCACAUUGGAGGUCGGAGGUAUGACGGCACAGUUAAGACUAAAGUAAAUGUUGCAUCACUGAAUGAUUGAAACGUUUGACACUCUAAAGAGACUGAUGAUGACUUUAGUUUGACAGUGAGCCGUGCUGUCAGCAGUUGUCACAUUUUAAGCUGCGAGUGUGUUCUCUUCAUUGAAAUGUGUCUAUAUUUUUCUGUAAGUUAAAAUAUCCUGUGAGUAUAAAUAUUUGAAGUUCAUAAAUAAUGCAGGUCGUGACGAUGUGCAGAAACCAUCAUUUUUGAGUUCCUGUCUUUACUGCAACGGUUUAAUAUGGUCCAGUCAGUAUUUGGUAAUGUUCAGCUAUCUUCGAGCCAGUAAAGGGAUAGUUUAACAUGUGGAAUCAAAUCAGAUCCUCCAUAAAAUAAUAUGGUUUACAAAAUCAGUCUUUAUUAUAAUGAAUGUGACAGCUUCUGGAUUUACAGUGUGAUGAUCCUGCUUUAAGUCUUACUUACAGCUAGCUUGUGAAGGGAGUUCAUGUUGACUAAUACUGAUUUGACUGUCAGACCAUAAUAUAUGAAGACUGAAUUUGAAUGACAUACGCCAAUAUAUGUUCAGAUAAAGGAAGGUCAGUGUCCAAUAAAGCUCUUUGA